UAUUGUUUGAUAAAGUGCAGGAUUAUAUUUUAGCGGUCAAAGUGUUUGUCAACUCAAUCGAGACCCUACCGUGUCGAAUAUUGUUUUUCACUUGCAAAUGUAAAAAAAAAAUAUAAAAAUUCAACCGACUUCGACCGCCACAAAAAACGAGAAACAACAUCGUAUGUGCGAUCUUCUGAUUAGUUUGAAGGCGGUGCCAAACCAGUGAUGUAUUAAUUCAAGCCGUUUAAAUAGAAUUGGUUUGGUUCUUUCAGAAACGGCUUUAUAAGACGAAGUGAAAACACUAUAAGGGGAUUCUUUUUUCCCGAAAAUGUAUUCAAUAGCGUAAACUUUCAGGUAAACCUAAAGUUGAAUAAGUAACUAGUAUUUUUUGCAGUUGUAAGGUAAAUAAACAAUAUACUAUUUAUUAAAAUCGAUAAAGCAAUCAUACAUUUUUUAUAGACUGGCGUCUGUUUGUAUUCAACAUCCCACUUCAGAUUAAGCCUGCAUCGAUAUUAUAAGAGUCUCUUAUAGUAGUAUCUACUCAGUAUCUAUUUAUCAUACCGGAAAAUUACGUAGUCAAAAUGAAAUUUAUAAACACAUCCCUUCGCAAAGGAAUAAGUAAUUCGUUGGCCGUUGCUAUGGCAACUCGCCGAAACACUUGUAACCUGUUCUAUAAUUUCCCUGUUUUCAACGACCCAACUACAUAAUACGACGCUCUCUGUUAGAAUAUUCCUACUUACGAGUACGAGUUUUGUAAGUGACGAUAAUUUAACUAUAGUCGUAAUAAAAUAUUCAAAUAAAUGGGGAUUAGAUAACAUAUAAUUAUCUAGGUUAUUAGAUUAGUGUGAUUUUACUAAGUGGACCUGUGUGUGGUUGAGCUUCAAUUACUAUGUGUGGUAUACCUGUGUGUGGUUGAGCUUCAAUUACUAUGCAAGUAUUACUACUGUCACACUUGGGGUGACUUGGGCUUUUAGCCGUAACAUUAAAUGUAAUCAUGGGGUAAACAUUAUCUAUAUUUCCCAUAUUGUGAGGCAGAUAUGAAGCAGUGCCGAUGACACGAAACAUUUAAAAACAUUCUUUAUUUCUCUCUGCUGAAUGAUCAUAACCAGCAGAGAUAGUUAUAGUGGUCGGUCUAUCCCAUGAGCGAUAGAUAAAAUAAUAAAUUCACGAUAAAUGAUAACCUUCGAUAAACAAUUAAGUCACUAAAAUUUAAAGAAAUUAUGACUCAAUAUUUGCCAAUGUUUUAUUUUUAUUGUAACAACUUACUUUUUACUACAUUACAGAAUAUAAAGAUAAGGAUUUUAUAGGAAUUUAUUUGAUUAGUGCGUAUAUGUAUCAUGUCAGCCAGCACAUUUGGGACUGCGUAGACUAAUUAAUUACUAUCACCAUCAAUAUCAAAGUAAAAUGUUACCUUAUGAACUGCGUACAAACGUCUUCUAUACAUUAUAAUAACCUAUGUACUGCGUAGACAACUGCUGUUCUCGUCUUCUACAUUUCAGGUUUUGAACUGCGUAGACAAUUGUUUUCUCUCGUCUGCUUCAUUAUACCUUUUGAACUGCGUAGACAAUUGCUGUUCUCGUCGUCUAAAUUUUACCUUUUUAACUACUUACGACAGUUUUUGCUCUUGUCUCCUAAAUUUUAGCUUUUGAACUGCGUAAACAAUUGUGUGGUCUCGUCUCCUAUAAAUCCUUUUGAAAUGCGUUGACAGUUAUUUGCUCUAAUCUCCUACGUUUUACCUUUUGAACUGCGUAGCUACAUUUACCUACCUGGAUUUUACUUUUUUCACCAAAGUGCGAAUGUUGAGAAUAUUAUUGCCUUUACUAAGUAAUAGUGGCAUAUUGUGUACUACAGCAUUGUCAUUAUCUUAUAGAUUAAAGCGCAUCAGAGGACACUUCAACCUGUUUGUCUGAUUCUUAUUUAGCUAUUAUGUAUGGAUUCAGCGGAUUCCAAGAUAACAGAACCAUCAAGCGUCAAUCCGAUAAUAGCAAUAUGAAACUUAGCAUAUGAAUACUAUCUCGAUGAUAACGCAUAUCAGUAUCGAUAGGACACUGAUCGAGAAAUACCUAUACCCAACACGAGGAGAGUGUGAAAACAUUAUGAAAUUAUUGUUUAAGACCGGAACAGUGAAGUAAAACUAAAGGAAUAUAAACGUAUGUGUUAAAUAGUUAUCAAUAUGAAGGACUUCGAGGAGAACGGUAAAGCUAAGAAUUACACAGUGACUGAUUUGUCUCAAGUGGAAUUUACCAAGAAUGACACGGGUAGCGGAAAAAGCAAUGACGCGGAGACGGAAGAAGUACCGAGCGUAUCUUUUUUUUCCUUAUACAGAUUCGCAACCGGAAUGGACAAGUUCUACAUAUUCCUCGCCAUCAUAUUUUCAUUGAUAUGUGGAGCUACAACACCUCUGAAUACUCUACUGUUCGCUUCGUUAUUACAAAGCAUGGUCGACUACGGGAUAUCUAUAAUCAUUGGGAACCCGCAAGGAGAAGUUUUUAUAGCGGCUGUGAGAGAUUUCGCAAUAUACAACAGCAUUAUAGGAGCUGUUCUUGUUGUUCUGUCGUAUGGUGCAACUGUACUCAUGAACAUAUCUGCGUUUAAUCAGGUAUAUCGGAUACGGCAGGAAUAUUUGAAAGCAGCUUUAAAUCAAGACUUUGAAUACUUUGACACUCAUCAAACUGGCGACUUCGCUUCCAAAAUGACAGACGAUGUUGUAAAACUCGAGGACGGAAUCGGAGAAAAGUUAGCGACGUUUAUAUUCUACCAGGCGUCAUUUGUCAGCUCAAUAAUUAUGGCACUGGUCAAGGGAUGGAAACUUGCGCUGUUGUGCCUAAUAUCGUUUCCGGUGACUUUGACGCUUGUUGGAAUAGCAGGAUUGAUUGCAUCUCGACUAUCUAAGAAGGAGGCUGCCGCAUCAGGCAAAGCUGGUUCUAUAGCAGAAGAGGUGCUCACAGCAAUACGGACGGUGUACGCGUUUAGUGGUCAGUCGAAAGAAAUAGAAAGAUACGAUGGUCACCUUGCAGAAGCCAGGAGUAUCAAUAUCAAAAAAGGCUUUUUCAAUGGUAUAGCAAUGGGAACGUUGUUCUUCUGCAUAUUCUGCGCAUAUGCGAUGUCCUUCUGGUUCGGCUAUAGACUUAUGCAGACUGAGCCAGAGACAUAUGACGUGAAUACAAUGAUCGCGGUAUUUUUUGGUGUGAUGAUGGGAUCAGCAAACUUCGGUAUAUCGUCUACACUAAUGGAAGUGUUCGGAGUGGCUCGGGGCGCCGGCGCACAAAUCUUCAACCUGAUCGAAAAUGUUCCAACUAUCAAUCCCCUGUUGAACCGCGGGAUUACUCCUUCAUCUAUUGAGGGCAACAUUGAACUGCGUAACGUCGUGUUCCAGUAUCCGUCUAGACCCGAUGUUCCGGUUUUGAAAGGUGUAAGUAUCAGCGUACAGCGUGGACAAUCAGUUGCCUUAGUUGGGCACUCAGGAUGUGGAAAGUCUACAAUUAUACAGCUUUUGUCGAGAUAUUACGACGUUAUCGACGGAAGUGUAUCCAUAGACGGUAACGAUGUACGAGAGCUGUCAGUACGGUGGCUGCGUGCCCAAAUCGGGCUGGUGGGUCAGGAGCCAGUUCUGUUCAACACGACGGUACGGGAAAACAUUCGUUAUGGCCGCGAGGAUGCCUCUGAUGAAGACAUUGAGAAAUGCGCGCGCCAGGCCAAUGCACAUGAGUUCAUUAUGAAACUACCCUCGGGCUAUGAUACAUUGGUUGGGGAACGAGGAGCGUCGCUUUCAGGCGGACAAAAACAAAGGAUAGCUAUCGCUCGGGCACUUGUGCGUAAUCCUCAUAUUUUGCUGCUCGACGAGGCAACCAGCGCUUUAGAUACUUCCUCAGAAGCUAAAGUACAAAAGGCGCUUGACAAGGCGCAAGAAGGACGCACGACAAUCGUUGUAGCUCAUAGGCUUUCAACAAUAAGGAAUGUUGACAAAAUUUACGUUUUCAAAAGUGGCACUGUAGUUGAGACUGGAAAUCAUAUGGAGCUGAUGAACAAAAAAGGUCACUACUACGAUAUGGUGAUGCUACAAUCAUCUCCAGAUUUAAAUGAAACAGAGCCAGGUAAAGACGUAUUAGCAAGGACAAUGUCUGUGCAAAGUGAAAAGGAUGAAGAUGAACAUUUUGAACCAAAAAUGGAGGUAGCACCUUCAACUAUAGAAAUAAAAGAUCCGUCGUUUGUUGACGUGGUGAAGCUCAAUUCUCCCGAAUGGAAGUCUAUAACAGCUGCUAGCGUUUGCUCCAUAAUCAGCGGUUUCGCUAUGCCGAUCCUUGCUAUUAUUCUCGGUGACUUUGUUGGCGUCCUUUCUAACCCUGAUACCGAUGCAGUUCAAGCACAAGUGCGUGAAUAUGCCCUUAUAUUUGUAGGUGUUGGAGUUUUUUCAGGAAUCACGAACUUUAUAAUGGUUUCCAUGUACGGUGUGGCUGGCGAACAUCUUACGGCCCGAUUGCGGAAACUGAUGUUCAAAAAUUUAUUAGAGCAAGAAAUUGGAUUCUUUGACGACAAAAACAAUUCUACAGGAGCUUUAUGUGCUCGUUUAUCGGGCGAAGCAGCACAAGUACAAGGGGCAACAGGUCAGAGAAUUGGCACAGUAUUGCAAGCUUUUGGCACUUUCACAUUUUCGUUGGCAGUUUCAUUGUAUUUUGAAUGGCGUUUGGGACUUGUGGCGUUAGCUUUCGUACCAUUAAUGGCUGCUGUACUCUACAAACAAGGAAGAAUGGUAACUGCUGAAUCCUUUGGAACAGCUAAAACUAUGGAACAAAGUUCUAAGCUUGCAGUGGAAGCCGUAGCAAAUGUACGUACAGUUGCCUCCCUUGGAAGAGAAGCAACGUUUCUGCAGGAUUAUGCCAUACAAUUAUUACCAGCUCUAGAAAUCGCCAAAAAAACAUCGCACUGGCGAGGAAUAGUGUUCGGCCUUUCCAGAGGCCUGUUUAACUUUAUUUACGCUGCCACACUAUAUUACGGAGGAACUUUAAUGGUCUAUCAGGGUGUCGAUUAUGCUACAAUACUAAAGUCAGCCCAAACACUACUAAUGGGAUCGUCUUCAGCCGCGCAAGCAUUUGCGUUUGCGCCUAAUUUCCAAAAAGGAAUCAAGGCAGCAGGACGUGUCAUUGUGAUACUCAACAGACAGUCUAAAAUCACAGAUCCACUUUCACCUGCAGUGAUGAAUUUCAAAGGAACCGGCGAAGCGAGUUUACAAAACGUGCACUUUAAAUACCCAACACGGCAAACAAUACAAGUCUUAAAGAAUUUUAAUCUAGAGAUAGAAAAUGGCAAAACUAUUGCAUUGGUGGGCGCUAGUGGUUGCGGGAAGAGCACUAUAAUUCAGCUUCUAGAGAGAUACUAUGACCCUGACAGCGGCAUUGUGGCUCAAAAUGGUAUACCGCUGUCAAAACUUCGCCUGGUUGAUAUGAGGCAGUCUAUUGGAUUUGUACAACAAGAACCAGUACUCUUCGACCGCACUAUUGGUGAAAACAUAGCUUAUGGAGACAACUCGCGAUAUCCAACGAAAGAUGAAAUCAUUGAAGCCGCCAAACAGGCUAACAUACACAAUUUCAUUGCAUCGUUGCCUAUGGGAUAUGACACUAACAUUGGUUCGAAAGGGACUCAACUGUCUGGAGGGCAAAAGCAAAGAGUGGCAAUAGCAAGAGCUCUGAUAAGGAAACCCAAUAUGCUUCUUCUUGAUGAAGCUACUAGCGCAUUGGAUACAGAAAGUGAAAAGGUAGUGCAAGAGGCGCUGGACGCUGCGAAGGCCGGGCGCACGUGCGUGCUCAUCGCGCACCGCCUGAGCACGGUGCGCGACGCGGACGCUAUCUGCGUGCUCAGCGGCGGACUGGUGGCGGAGCGCGGCACGCACAAAGAGCUCAUACAGCUCAAGGGACUCUAUUACAAAUUGAAUAGACGAGGCUAUGCUUAAUGAUAGUUCUAGUUUAAUUGUUAACUUUUAUUUAGUAAGCCGUAAUUGUACUCUUUUUUGGAAAGAUUUUUAAAAAAUCCGCUAGGGGCUUCCGUUUUUUCCAUCGACAAGAACGUCACCAUAUAGAGUUAUAACGGAAUUAAUGGAAGAAUAAAUACCUGGAAUAUUUAAAAAUUGCAAACGGUAUUGAGGAAUGAAACCCCCCAUUGUACUGCCCCUGGAUUUUUAUAAAUCUUCUCCGGAAAAAGGUAAAUUGAAAAAGUAUUAAUACGUUUAUUUAAGACUUUACGUAGGAAAAUGUAAAUGUUAAUGGUUAAAACAUGUGAUUCUAACAGUGUCGGUAGGUAUACUUGAAUUUUUGUCAAACAGUAAUUAGUAAAAUUAGCAAUGCACGUAUUGCAUAUAUCAUACAUGAUUAGAAGUAAAAAGUUACUAAUACGGAGAGUUUUAAAGGGAAUAGAACUGUCACACACAACACACACACACACACACACAACUCUGCUAUUACAAUUUUAUUGUGGUUUUAUUUUAUUAUAUUUGUUGUAUUAGUUUAUGCAUGAGUAUAUUAUAUUUGUUGUAUUAGUUUAUACACGAGUACUAUAUUAUAUUUGUUGUAUUAGUUUUUGCAUGAGUACCAAUAUGUAUCUCAAAGAGAUUUUGCAGCUAUAACUGCAAUAAAAUCCGUUUGGUACCUAGUCUUAAAAGUUUAUCACGAACAGACACACAGAAAGACGCGGCGGAGUAUUUUUUUUUUAUUAUACGUAUAUCUAGAUAUAUUGAUAAUUUCAUUCCAUACACUUUUAGUCAAUACACGUUUGAUGUGAAUAGUAAAAUAGGUCUAUCUAUCAUUGGAAGAUUGAUUGAAAGGGAUUUGAAGAAUUUUGUAUGGGAAUUUUCUACCAAUAUUUUUCAAUUUAGGGAUCCGCUUGUAAAAUUUCAAGUUUUUAAGAGCUAACUUUUGUUAACGUCAAGUGUCCCCAGCCCCCACCCUACCUGCUAAUAGGUUGUUUAUGAAUACGUGAAAAAAUUCACGAGAGUAUGAUAUACCUAUACCUAAUGAGAAGCAAAACUAUAACAGCUCGUUGUUAAUUAAAAAAAUAAAGUUGUCAGUAAGAUAACUCAGUCUGUUAAAACUAGAAAGAUGAAAUUUGGUAUAGGUAUGUAUAUUAAUUAUAAAUAAAAAUUACGUCUAUAAAGUCGUACUUGAACAAAAAUUAAAAAAAAAAUAUUUUGGGGUUCCUUCCCUACUUGCUUCCCUAAUUGGAUGAAUUUUUUAUCGUCUAUCCCAUGGUGUGGGGUAUCGUUACCGGUAUUUUUGUGCAUAAGGGACUAAAGUGCUUAUUUAAUCUACGGAACCCUACACUGCGCGUGGCCCGACACGCACUUGCCCGGUUUUGAUUUUUGAAAGGAUUUGUUCUGUGUAAGAUUUGACUAAAUGACUACAUAUUUUUGCCCAUCUGGAUAUAUCAUUUAGAUAAAUCUGCAAUAUGAUUUUCGUAGAAUUUCCUAUAAAGCAGCCAAUAUUUUUCCACUAAUCUUCCAAUGUACCUACUAGUACUAAGUAUCAUAUUAAAAGUACAUUAUUAAUUUAAACAAGAAUCGUUCUUUACUUCAAGUAAGCUUUAAAAUUUCAAAAGUAUGUACUUAUUAAAGUUUAAAUGAACUACCUAAAUACUACCUACUAUUUAUAUUUAACAAAAAUAAUUAAAAAUAUACUAUGUACUUAACAAAUUAGUUAAUUUAAUUUAUUAGAUAAGGGCAAAGCCAAGCAACAUACCUAAGUAUUUUUAUAUUCUUAAUAGAAUUGAAUAUUUUAUUUUAAUGGUAGAA